AUGAGGAGGCCGGAAGAUCAAUCGGCGGCGACAUCAGUGCUGAUGGAGCGGCACGUGACUCGGAUGCCAGGGUACGUCUUGAACAGGUCGACGAAGUACUGCACCACCUUGUCGCACACGUUGCUCUUGUGCAGCCACAGUUCUACGCGCAGCGACUCCGGGUACACAUUGCCAGGCUUAUGUGCAAUGCGCACAACAUCGGCGACGCACUCAGGGCCAGCGACAGUUUGCAGGUGUUCCCCCAACACCGCUGCAAGUACCAGCACCACGGCCUGCUCACUCUGCACCUUCGUCCGCGUAAACACGGAGACACGAUCGCCGUCAGGAAAGUUCUCAAAGUAG